AUGGAGCAAGGACAGCGCAUUGGCACUCAUAAAGCUCCCAAGCCACACCAUCCGCACCACGUGGUGCCCAAACAUGAAUCGGGCUACACUGACGAGGCGGCUGAGGAGUGCCACGACCUGAUCGACAAGGCCGAGGAGGACGCCCAUCUCCAUGACCCCGACUCCAUGUAUUCAACUACGGACAAGCCUGAGCAUGUGCACAGGGCGAAGGGUAAGGGCGGCCUCGAGGGCAGUGGUAGCACCGGCAAAGGUACAAGCCAGAAGAUACAGGAGACGGGCAAGAACGUCACCGAGUCCAUCGGCGAGACCAUGGGCGAGAUGAAGCAGAAGAUGGGAAUGGGAAAGUGA